CGCCGGCUCGGGCGGCGUAGGGAUGCGGCAGGUCGGUGUUCCCAGGACAGUCAUCAGUAGAAAGUGCUGAAGGGCGGCCUCGUGCGCGUGAGGACAGGCUGUGAACAUCCAGGAAGAAAUGCAUGCGGUGAUGCUGCUUGGGAUGCAAUGAUGCAUGAUGGAACACAACCUUGUGGGGACAGCGAGGUCUCUGCAUAUGGACCAAGACUGACAAUAAUCUCCAGGAGGUCUUCAAGUUGCCAUAUGUCCUUUUAACCAGACAUCUGCAAUUUUCCUGUGUCACCACAGAGACAGGGACCAGUGUCCAAAGAGAUGGCUCUCCACCAUUCUGGGUCGAGGAGUUUGAUGUUCCAGGGAUCUUCAUGAAGGUCCGAUUGCAUCACAGGCUGCAAAGACUGAAACCGUACUGGGUCUGGUGACACCGAGUGACCUUUUACCCUGCAAAAGUCCUAUCCACACGUAGCCAUCAGGAUGGACUGGUUCCCUCUGGACAACCUGCUCUGCAUGCUCCUGGGCAUCUCAUUCACAGUAUGGUUCACACUGCUACUCGUCUUCAUCAUUGUGCCUGCCAUAUUUGGCGUCUCCUUUGGCAUCCGGCGGCUCUACAUGAAGACGCUGCUGAAGAUCUUUGAGUGGGCCACACUGCGAAUGGAGAGAGGGGCCCGUGAGAAGAACCACCAGCUGUAUAAGCCCUACAGCAAUGGCAUUAUUGCGAAGGAGCCCACCUCCCUUGAGGAGGAGAUCCAGGAGGUGCGGCGCAGCGCAAGCCCCCGUGAGCUUGAUGCUAACGGCACACCUGAGUUUGACAUCUCAGACAUCCUGUGCUUCUGUCGGCGUGGUGUGGAGAGCAUCGUGGACGACGAGGUGACGAAGCGCUUCUCAGCUGAGGAGCUGGAGACCUGGAACCUACUGACACGCAGCAGCGCCCACUUCCAGCACCUCAGUCUGCGGCUCACCUUGUUGUGGGGGCUCGGUGUGCUCGUGCGCUAUGGUGUCCUGCUGCCGCUCCGUGUGACACUGGCCUUUACAGGAGUUGGACUCCUGGUGGUGCUGACUACUAUUGUGGGUUUCCUUCCUAACAGGAGGCUCAAGAACAUCCUCAGCGAUAAGGUUCACCUGAUGUGCUACCGCAUUUGUGUCCGAGCACUGACCGCCAUUAUCACCUACCACGACAGGGAGAACAAGCCGAGGAAUGGUGGGAUCUGCGUGGCCAAUCACACGUCUCCGAUUGACGUCAUCAUCCUGGCCAGUGAUGGCUGCUACGCCAUGGUGGGCCAGGUGCACGGGGGACUCAUGGGCAUUAUCCAGAAGGCUAUGGUGAAGGCAUGCCCACACAUCUGGUUUGAGCGCUCAGAAGUCAAAGAUCGACACCUGGUGGCCAAACGGCUCAGUGACCAUGUGAAAGACAGAGGUAAACUGCCCAUCCUCAUAUUCCCAGAAGGCACGUGCAUUAACAAUACGUCUGUGAUGAUGUUCAAGAAGGGCAGCUUUGAGAUUGGUGCCACCGUGUAUCCGGUUGCCAUUAAGUAUGACCCACGCUUUGGCGACGCCUUCUGGAACAGCAGCAAAUACGGCAUGGUGACCUACCUUCUGAGGAUGAUGAGCAGCUGGGCCAUUGUGUGCAGUGUGUGGUACCUGCCACCCAUGCAGCGCCAGGAGGGUGAGGAUGCCGUGCACUUCGCCAACAGAGUCAAAGCAGCUAUUGCCCAACAGGGGGGGCUUGUUGACCUGCUGUGGGAUGGGGGGUUGAAGCGAGAGAAGGUAAAAGAUGUGUUCAAGGAGGAGCAACAGAAGCUGUACAGCAGGACACUUGUGGGGACCCACAAGGACCGCAGCCGCUCCUGAGAUGGAGAGCAGAGUGUUCGAGGCUCAAGUACACGUCCCCUGCACGGACAGCCUGACUCUGAUUGGCUGUCAUCCUGCCAGUCACGCUCCGUCUAGUCAGAAUUUGGGAACACUCCUGUUUUUCAUUUUUAUUUUGAAAUGUUUGUUUUGCGUUCAACAGUCAUAAGCAAAGCCCUGCAGGUUUACAGCAGUUAGUGUUGAUGAGCACACCUUCCUGGCUAGGGGUGGUGCUAUUUCCCCAGUCAAGAGACUUAUAUAUUAAAGUAAAACAUACUCAGUAAACUUUAAUUUUUUUCAUAUCCUUCCUGUUACCACAGCUCAUGUUAACUUUGUUACGCUACAGACAUACAUAAUGGUGAUGUUGCUGCUGUUCUUGUUGUUUUGAAUUAGGGAGGGGGUUAUGGUGGCCAGUACCAAAGCGGAGGAAAUGAAGUCAUGUGAUUAUCACAGGAUUGACCUUCUGCGUGAGCCUGGCCCUCCCAUACCUAGCAGUGGCAUGGUCCUUUGUACCUGGGACUUCCUCCCUGUGUCAGUUUUAUAAAAAAAAAAAAAAAAAUUAAAAAUGAGCUCCCUUCUCCUUUGACCUCUGACCUUUCUGUGACAGAGAGGUGUGUUGUAUGUUGUCUUCUUUUUGGCUGCCCAGGAUGCACAUACACUGAUAUGUUGUCUCCAUGGGCAUGGUAGGUUCUUGGUGGGCGCAUCUGCCCACUUCUGCCAUCAGCAUUUGGAGAGAAGGUGAUGUCAAAAGUCAGCAGAUUAGGGUAACCAUGGGUCCACUCUGUGCUGUUCACCACCUUCGUCUGGACUUAAGUAAUUCACCUCAAGGAGGAGGCAAACACUCUUGUAAUGCGUAAAGUACUGAGUAAAUUAUAUGAAAGACUAAUGAGGCCUGUUGUGAUAUCUUUGCAUACUGAUAUCUCAGUAUGCUCCAUUUAAAUUUUCAGUUUUCAAUUCCUUGUACUGGCAAAAAUUUCAAUUAUGUAUUAAAGUGAUUUAAUUGUUAAAGUAAUGUCCUUUCAAGCCCACAAAGACAAUUGGAUUCUGUCCUGGGGACAUUCGCGCAUAUUUCUGUGUUCUCCACUGUGGCAUAAACCGAUUUAAAUGUGAUAUCGAUUGAAGUUAUUUGGGGCAUGAAAAAAAUGCUACAGACAGCUGUUGCAGUUUGUGACUCACAGCUUAAUUGCAAUAUUGACAUUUUAUGAAGUCAUGUAUACAUAUGUAUGUUUGAUUAGGUGGACUUACUCUUCCAAGAGAAUGCAUUGGAAUUUAUAUGUUUUUCUGUGGCCCUUUUGUGUGGUUCUCCAAGUGUAAAUUAUCCAUUUGAGUAACAAGAAAUGUAUUAGAAUGUGUCACCUUGAAUGAAUGUGUAUUUCAGUUGUUCACUGCCAAUAUGUGUUUGUUAUGGCUGUAACCACAGUGAUCAAGUGUGUUAUAUCACACAUUUAAGCAGUCAGGACUCUGAGGUCCCUGCUAUCCCUCCUAUUGUACUGCUGUGACACACGCUAAAAUAUACCAUCGCUCUCUGAAAAAUGACAACAGCCAGUGGUCGACCACGAAUGAACCAACCCCCAGAAGCCGCAUUGGUCACAGUCCCGGAGUUGACAGGGGACUAGCGCUUGUUUAUGAUGCUGUCUUUUUAAAUGAGCAGGACAGUCACUUUAUGGGGUCAUUGCAGUAUCAUUUGUGGCAUACUUCUUGUGACCGUGGCUACUGACUGACACACUUGCACCCUUAGACUGCAUAACUGGUGUAAUAUUUGAUAGAGGUGUCAGACAAGUGGUGUAACAUGCCUGGCUACUCAUAUACUGAGGGGCCACAUAUGAACUGAAAUAGUGAGAAAGCAGCAGUUGACAUUAUUUGUCCAUUUGUCGGCCACUUCUCUAAAGAAACUUUCAGCAUGAGGGUUGUUUGCCGAUCCACUUGCCAUGAUUUUACCCAUUUAUAAAACGGUAAUUUUUAUUGUAUCAUUUCUGGGUAAGUACCUUGAUCAAGAGCACUACAGCAAGAGGGAAGACUGGACCCCAGGUGCCACUUGCUGCUUGUGUUAUAGGCAUCCACAGAGACAUAUGGCUGUGCAGUCACCGCAUUGCUACUGUGGUUAUUGUUUCACCAGUUCUUAUAUUGUUAAUGUGGAGGCUUUGCCUGGAUUAUGUCCUUGGAGUUUGACUUCUGCCUCCAGCCUGCUGCUAGCGCCUCAUCACUACUGUGGUCAUGUUUCAUACUGAAAGGAAGUGUUUACACUCUUGCGCACACAUCUGUAACCACGUUCUUGAGUUUUAUUGCAGCCAUUGUUUGCGCUGUCAUUCAGCUUACUAAAAAGUACAUUCAAGUGGUCCAGACAUGGCAUUAUAGUUUAAUAGUAUAUUAUAGCACUUUGGUGGCAGGCAGCACUACUGCCUAACAUCUCCUGGGCUGUGGGGUUAGAUGCUGGUUUGAAUCCAACUCAGUUUGUUUGGA